AUGUCGCCCCAAGAAAGCGAAAGCGUUCCCUCAAAACAAUACUCCGCCGCCGCCCUCGUCCCCUUCGACCCCGAGAGCGAAAGCCACUGCGCGCGCCUCUUUGCCCAGCGCGUGGCGUGCUCGUGGGACCAGGACCUGAUUGAGGAGUGGAAGGGCAAAGUCCGCGAGGGGAACAAGUUUCUGUAUUGGAUUAAAAUCAGGGACGAUUUGCCUGGAAAGGAAGGCCUUCUCGCAAAACACAUUGCACGAUAUCCCAACGAACAAGAACCCAUCGUCGACACGGCACAGGCCCAGGGCAAAUCCCCCCGAACGCCAUCCUCAGUGUCCUUUGUCCCCAUCGGCCACGUCGCGCUGGACUUGUACCCGGACCGCAACGAGCGGUUUUCGCUGCCUGCGAGCACGGUCUGGAUCAAGUCUCUCUACAUCUCUUGGGCCAUCCAAGCCGGCGGCUUCGGCCGCUCCGCAAUGCACCAGCUCGAACACCUCGCCCGCCUGCCUCCCCUCCGCGCCACCACAAUGGCCCUCGACACCCUCACGCGGGACUUCCAAAACACCCCCGAGAGCCUGGCCAUCUACCGCAGGCUCCGCGGCGGCGGCGGCGGGGAAGAAGAAGAAGUCGCCCCCGAGCAGCAGUUCCGCUCCAACGAGGACUGGUAUGCGAGGCAGGGGUACGGCGUCGUUGGCUAUGUCACGGGCAUGUACAAGUGGCUUGAUCGGGAGACGGGCAGGGAGGUUGAUGUGCCGCUGGUGUUUAUGAAGAAGGACCUUGUGUGA